AUGCCUGAUGAUGUGAUGCCUGAUGAUGUGAUGCCUGGUGAUGUGAUGCCUGAUGAUGUGAUGCCUGAUGAUGUGAUGCCUGGUGAUGUGAUGCCUGAGGAUGUGAUGCCUGGUGAUGUGAUGCCUGGCCGUUUUGUCAUGGUGGACGCAACGUCGGCGGACGAGUACGAGAACGAAAUGAGCUCGGGCAACAUGCAUCGCAAAGAAAACAGGGGGAUUCUGCUGAGUCCGGUGCUGGACCAGGGAGACUGGAGCUGCCUGAGGCUGGUCUACCAGAUCACCGGGUCGGGCAGCCUGCAAGUCCUGCAGCGCAUGGAGGGAAAGAGCUUCGACCGGCCACUGUGGAGCAGCCAGACGCCCUCGGAGAGCUGGAUCAUCUCCAGCAUGGACCUGAGAAACACCACUGAACUCUACAGGAUCGUCAUCGAGGGCAGGCCUGGAGGGGCCGCGGGCAGCGGCGUGGCUAUAUUUGAGAUACACGUCAGCCCGGGAUACUGUUUAGAAUGUGAUUUCGAGGAGACCCACCUCUGUGGCUACAGUAACCACUGGAACAUCAAUGUGAACUGGUACGUGGGAGGAGGCAUGGCCCAGGCCCCAGGGACCAUGCCCAACGACCACACGUUCAAAAACAGAACAGGUCACUUCAUGUACGUCGACUCCGUCUACGCCAAAACCUUCAAAGAGGUCGCCAAGCUGGUGUCUCCCAUGACGACGGUGCCGAUGUCUGGCUGUCUGACGUUCCAGUACCAGCGGAACGAGGAGAGAGGGAACAUUUUCUCCAUUUUCACCCGUGACCAGGCCGGUCAGUAUGAGGAGCUGUGGAAAGCAGAUCUAGAGAGCCAAGGUGACUGGAGAACGAGAGCUGGAGAAUGGCUCCCUGUACAGGUGGACCUCAAGGCCCCCUAUCCUCUGCAGGUGGUCUUUGAAGUGGCCUUUAACAGCCCCAGAGGGGGUCGGGUUGCAGUGGAUGACAUCUCCUUCUCCCCAGAGUUCUGCAGUGCAGACACAGAGCCGACCUUUGACCCCUCCAUUGCAAACUGUGACUUUGACUUGGAUCUCUGCCACUACACCCAAGAUCAUAUGAUAGGGUCACCAUGGAGACGUGUGUCUGUCAAGCCCAACAUCUUCAGGAACGGAGACCACACCAGUGGUGAAGGGUCUUUCCUGUUGGCCCACUCCCGGCUGGGUCCCCGCUCUGGGUAUGUGAGCCGCCUGUCCGGGCCGACCCUGCCGGCCAACAUGAAGUACUGCCUGAGGUUCUUCUUUUACCUGAGGGGUUUCAACCAGACGGACCAGGCCCUGACUGUCUACCUGCAGCAGCAGACGGGCACCCAGGAGAAAAUCUGGACACAGGGGGCAAAGUCCAGAGGCAUCUGGAUCGCCACAGAUCUCACCUUCCAGACAUCACAGCCCUCCAAGGUGGGGUUCGUCAGCACGUGCCGGAGCUUCUGGGACUGCGGCUCCGUGGCCCUGGACGACGUCACGGUCAGUCUCGGAGACUGCGAGCUGACAGCAGCUUCCGGGUCGCUGUUGUUCAUUCCGGGCCACUGUGACUUUGAGGCGGGCCACUGCGGCUACACCCAGGACAAGCAGGGCGACACCGGUGACUGGAUGUGGAGGAGAGGACCCACACCCACGUCCUACACCGGACCAAGGGGGGACCACACCACCGGACUAGGAUACUACAUGCACAUUGAGGCGUCCCCCAUGCUGCCCGGCCAGACCGCACGGCUUCUGUCUGGACCCCUGAGGGGCUCCCGGGGCCCUCAGUGUCUACGCUUCUACUACCACAUGUAUGGCUCAGGGACCGGCCAGCUCACCGUUCACUUGGACAAGGAUGGUGGGGAAGUGUUGCUAUGGCAACGCCAAGGGGAACAGAGCAUCGCCUGGCUGAGGGCCACGGUGGAAUAUCAGUGUGACCGCCAACAUCAGAUCGUCUUUCAGGCCACCAGAGGCUCCUCAGUGCGGAGUGACAUCGCCAUUGACGACAUUGUGUUUGACAGCGGACCCUGCCCAGAGUUCAAGAUGAGCAGCACGAACGCGAACGGCACGUCGAAUGAGAUCGAGUAGCGGGAGGCGCGAGCAGGAGCGGGAGGCGAGAGCAGGAGCGGGAGGCGAGAGGAGGAGCGGGAG